UUUCAUAGCCUUUUGCAGCAAUUUCAUGUAUCUCCAUUUUUUGAAGUAUCUGAAUGUCUUGCCCAGUACGCACCUUUUAUUGAAGAUAGAACUGCCGAACACAGAGAAACGUUACUUCUCUGACGAAGAAGUUGAAAAUAAAAAAAAAAAAUUCAUCGUCAUUACCGUCAUCUGGAGUAUAAACAUCUGCAACUUCAAAUUCUCCAGCACCAUUAUUGCCGUUAAGCAUAUUAUCAAUAAUUUAAGCCCACCGGCAACACAGCGAGCUACGACUAGAAUGAUGACACAGAAAGAAGAUUUGCCUAGGGAUCCAUAACAAGUAUUCACGAUAGAUUUGGAAUAAAUGUGAGUUAUUCAGUAUUCUCUAUACCUUUGUAUUAAUUGUUCGUGUUUUCAGCUAUCAAAUCAAAAUAUAUCAUCACAAACAAAAACAAUAUCUUUAGAUCAGGCUACUGAACGAUUUCUAUGUAAUGAUGAUAUUAGUCGCUUUAGUGCGGAUAAGAAAAAAAUGAUUUAUGGCAAACAAAUUCGUUUUUUAUUAAGUCAUUUAGUCAAUGUUCAACAACGCUUUAUUGUUGAAACAAAUUAUAAAUGUUCUUAUUCAACUUUUACACGUCAUAUACCACAUCAUAUUAUUACUCCAAAACCAUCUGAUUGGGGCACUUGUUUAUGUAUAGUUUGUUUAAAUCCUCAACUAAAAAUUGAAAAAUUAUUACAAUCACAAUCACACCGACUUCAACUUGUACCACUAAGUAAUAUAAUAACAUCAGAUUUACCAUUAAUUGUGUCCGAUUUAACAAAAAUCAAACAAAUAAUUGAUGAAUUGAAUAAUUUAAAUACUGAAAAGUUUUUGGAUUUGGUUAAACAUAUUGGUGGAGUGAAAUCACAGUUUCGAGCUGCAAAACAAGCAAGAAUCGAUGUUGUUGAGAAAAAUGAUAUUUUGACAAUUCAGUUAGAUUGGAGUGAAAACUACAAUCUAAAACAAGCACGUGAAGAGCGUGGUGCGUAUUAUAUCGAACAUCAUAUAUCAAUAGCGACUGGUUAUGUGUGGAAAAGUAAUGAUUGA